AUGUUUGAUAAACUAAUAUCUCAAAAUUAUUUACUUCUUUUACUUAAUAUUGAUCCUACACAAUCAUCUCCAUUAGUUAAUACAAAUUUAUUAAAUAUUCGUAAUGUUUAUUCUUCAUUUAUUACAAUAAAUCGUGAAGCACAUGUUUGGUAUCAAGAAGUCUAUCAUACUCUUGAGAAAAUUCAAUUUGGUGGUUCACUUGGUAGUAAUGGUCUUUUAAUAAAAGGUUCAAAAAAAUCUUUAAAUAUAUUAAAACGUAUUUAUUGUCAACGUUUAUUACAAGCACCAUAUGGUUUUAUUAUUUCAGACCUUGUUGAAUUGAGUAAUAUUCAUGUGAAAAAACAAGAACGUGAUCCACUUAUAUCAUUACCUAAUGUAUUAUGUUUGAUAAUUAAUGAUAUUAAUCGACGUAGUAAUGGUUAUGGUGCAUCGAUGGAUGAAAUUAAGACAACAUUAAAAUUGCAAUAUCCGGAAUUUCCAUUACCAACUGAUGAUAUACUUUAUAGUACAAUUGGUACAUUAAUUCAAGAUAAAAUUUUACUUCUUAAAAAUGGUGGUUAUAUAACAUUACCUUGUGAACAAGCCAAACAAGUUAAAACACAAUUUAUAACAAAAGAUCACAAACUUUAUUCAAAUGAACCUAAAUCUAUAUUUUCACGUUUAAUACACGGUUUUCGCCGUCGUGAUCAGAAUCAUGCACCACCAUUUGCUUUCAAUGCUCAAUUACUCUCGUCUCCUAAUUCUAAUCCUCAUUAUGAAAAUCCACGUGUUGUUACUGAUUAUGGUAUGAUUGAACCAAAUACACAAUUUCGUGCAUCAUCACGUUCACAUCCUCAUACAAUGCGUCGUGCAUCACUACGUACACAGUCAACAGAUACUCGUCAACAUCAUCAACAUCAUCAUCAUCCACAACAACAACAACAACAGCAGCAACCACAACAAAUUCUUCCAACUCCAUCGUCAUCCAUACAAAUGCGUCGUCCUCGACCACGUUCAUUUAGUUUUGAUGAACAAUUAUCAAUAAUUGAUGAUGAUGAUGAAUCAGUUGCACAUGAUAUGCCAUUUAGUGUAGCACCAGUUCGUCAAUUUCAGCAACAACAACAACAGCAGCAGCAACAAAUUCAACCUCAACAUCGUCGUUUAAAUACAUCAAAAGUUAGUUCACGUUGUCGAGCUCGUCGUCGUCGAUCAAGAUCCUUAACAAAACGAACAAAUAAUCGACCAACAAAUUCCCAACAACAACAUGAAUGGUUACAUACAACUGAUAAUCAUCCAGGUUCAUCAUCAAGCGAAGAAAUCGAAGAUGAUGAUGAAGAAGAUGAAGAUGUAGAAACAGAAGCACAUUUUUCUCCACGUUCAACAUCAACAGCAGCAAAUCGGCCACGAAAUCGUAAACCAUUACUUCAUGCAUCAGAUUUUGAUCGACGUUUAUGUGAAGCAACAACAACAGCCACAACAAUAGUACAAGUAAAUGAACGUGAAAAUUCUUCUCCAAUCAAUACAGAUAAUAUUCAACAUCAUACAAGUCCUGUUUCUCAACCAUCAACUGAACCUGAUGAAAUCAAUUUAAUUGUUUAUAGUACGAAUAAUAAUGAUUUAUUAAAUACUACAAUAAUAAGUCGAAAAAGUGAUACAAAUACAUCUUUAAAAAAACUAUCAACUCAUGAAAAACUUAUUGCAAUUCGUUAUGGUUCACCUGAUUCAGGUAUAAGUGGAAAAACUUAA